UACUUUCUCCUUCUCUUUUCUUCACUUGUUCAGUUUCCUUCUUCUUUCUUUUACCAAUUAUCACAUCACUUCCUUCAUCGUUCUCCUCUUCCUUCACGCCUCUUUUCAAUUCAUAUUUUUUCCUUCCAUUUUCAAUCACCGCGCCAUCGGAGUUUCUCUCCGAAAUCGAAACAAACACAAAGAGAGAGAAAAUGGAUUGGGGAAACGUUACCGCCGAAGAUCUCGUCGACGCUCUCCGCGAAGUGGAUUGGUCUUCGCCGCCGCGUCCUCUCUCCGAAUUCUUCUCCCGAUUCACCCUUCCGAGAUCUUCCUCCAAAUGGAACAGCCGUCUCAAAUGCAAUCUCUACUACUACCGAACCAACUACUUCAUUUUGAUUGUUUCUGUUCUCAUUUUGGGUUUUCUUCGGAGGCCGCUUUCUAUUGUAGCCGCGCUUCUUACAGCACUCAGUAUUGCCUUUCUAAAUGACAGCUUUGCAGGUACCUUUAGUGAGAAGGUUACAAGAACAGUUAGGCAAUUUUCCCCUCAUUUAGCCGCCAAAAUGAGACCUCCUCUUACGCCUGUUAUUCGUGGACGUCCAUCAGCUAAGAGAGCAAUUUAUAUUUGUGGUCGGCCGCGUUGGGUGUUUGUCUUGAUAUUUUCUUCCGCAAGUUUUUUUCUCUGGUUUGUUUCGGCUGGUCUCCUGACUGUUUUAUGGGCGCUUGCUAUUGGUCUUCUUGCUACCAUCCUGCAUGCAAGCUUUAGAACACCUAACCUGAAAGCACGUCUAAACACAUUCCGUGAAGAGUUUCGUGCUGUAUGGCGCAAUUAUAGUGAGCUGUAGCUCACAAAAAAUUUGCUGGACUGAAUGUAUGCCGUAUGCUGCAUUUUAGUGGGAGCAAUUUCCUGUGAUUGGAUUGGAACUUUCCAGGGAGGCUGCCAACCGUCCAACAGAUUGUAAAUUUUCUGAAUCGUGCUUCUGUAAAGUACAUUGUUUUCAUUGUUUAUUAUAUCCUAGUGGAAGCAUUGGAAUAUGGAUACAUCCUGUAACAUAGGAACUGUCACCAUACUAGUUUUCAGAAUUCUUAAUUCCGCUGUGAAAUUGGUUAAGAUACUUCAAUUACUUUUAUGGUUCUUACUUGUAGGUUCUUAUUUAUUUUGGUACUGUGAUUUCUGUUUUGGUAAAGAUUACAAAAAUUGUUGCCUAUCUUUUAUGAUUUAGUA